UGGUGUUAAGUGUUUGUACUGCUGUUUUAUUCUGAAGGGCCAAACAGGAAGUUGGGGUUGGGGGUGUUCCGGUGAUGUGGAAUGGCUGCGAGUUUAGAAGAUAUGAGACGCAAAUAAAGACCGUCUAGUUGCUCUACAAAGUGUUGGUUGAAUCCUUACGCCCGAAACGCGACAUGGUGUCAGAAGUGGGAUCGACUGUAAGAGCUUACUCGCCGGGGAUUGAGAGUAGGUCGUGCUGGAAGAAAAAGUAGCCCUCGCCACACGCAGAAAGAUGUCGGAGGGUAACGCAGGAGCUAACGUGGCGACUCCACCGCACCAGCAACAGGCUAAUCCGCCCCCGAAUGCCACAUUCACCAUUCAGCCUCCUGAAGCAUUUGAUUUUUCAAGGCCACAGCAAUGGGAGAAGUGGAUACGGAGGUUUGAAAGAUUCCGACUUGCUAGCAACCUGCACCUGAGUUCGGAAGCUAAUCAAGUGAACACGCUCAUCUACUGCAUGGGGGACGAAGCAGACGACAUACUUCGAGGUCAAGCUUUAUCGGACGCGCAGAGGCAUCAGUACCAAGCAGUAAGAGACACUUUAGACAUAUAUUUUGUGCCCAGAAAAAACAUAAUUUACGAGAGGGCUAGAUUUAACCAAAGAGUACAGCAAGUUAAUGAGACUGUAGACUCAUUUGUCACUGCCCUGUACGCGUUGGCCGAAAACUGUAACUACGGAGCCUUGCACGAUGAGUUAAUAAGAGAUCGUCUCGUCGUGGGACUGAGAGACACCAGUUUAGCUGAGAGACUCCAAAUGGACAAAGAUUUGACGCUGGAAAAAGCCGUGAACCAAGCCCGGCAGUCAGAAGUCAUCAAGAGGCAGCAAACCGAUAUAAGAGGGGAAAAGAAAGCGGACCUAGAUGCAGUGUCAGUGAAAUACAAGAGAGAAAAGCAUUCUACGUACAAAGCCCCAAGUCUACCAAAACACAAAAUGGCUAAAUCACCAAAUGAGAGUCAGUGCUACAGAUGUGGUAGAAGCCCAGCACAUGGCAAAGGACAGUGCCCAGCGAAAGAUGUAACCUGUCAUACAUGCGGUAAAAGAGGACAUUACAGUAAAGUAUGCAAAUCUGUUAAAAAUGUACAUAUGAUUGAAACAGAGAAAUGUAACGAGACACCUAUAUUCCUUGGUUCAGUACAUGCAGGUUCAGAUCCUUGGUAUGCAGACAUAACCAUCAGAAACCACAAAGUCAGGUUUAAAAUAGACACUGGAGCUGAUGUUUCUGUUAUCCCAGCCCAGAUGUACUUUUGUAUAAACCAAAAUGAAACAGAGCUGUGUAAACCAGAUAGACCAUUGAUUGGACCAGGUGGCACUCCACUCAAUGUUUUAGGUAUGUGCAAAGAAACACUGUGUAAAGGUGAACAAAAGAUUCAGGAAAAUGUGUAUGUUAUCAGAGACUUACACAUGGCGCUGUUAAGUAGGCCAGCAAGUGUCAAACUAAACCUUGUGUCUAGAGCAGAUAGCAUAGACAUUAAAAUGUUGAAUGAGAACUACCCUAAGUUAUGUCAAGGGUUGGGUUUAAUGCAGCAACCUUAUACUAUAAAGUUGAAACCUGAUGCUGUGCCUUUUUCCCUUUCCACACCAAGACGCGUUCCCAUUCCUUUGUUGGGAAAAGUUAAAGAGGAACUGGAAAGAAUGGAGUCAAUAGGGGUGAUCAGCAGAGUUGAAGAGCCAACUGAAUGGUGCUCAGGUAUGGUCCCAGUGCCUACUAAGAGUGACUCAGUGCGCAUAUGUGUCGAUCUCACCCACCUCAACGAAGCAGUGUGCAGAGAAAAGUACAUCCUGCCUUCAGUUGAACAGACACUUGGAUCCCUGACUGGAGCAAAAGUCUUCAGCAAGCUCGAUGCAAACAGAGGCUUCUGGCAGGUUCCAUUGGCACCAGAGUCAGCACACUACACAACAUUCAUUACCCCAUUCGGACGCUUCCAUUUUAACAGACUUCCGUUUGGAAUUGCCUCAGCCCCGGAGCAUUUUCAGCGGAGAAUGUCAAUGAUUCUCAAUGGGCUGCCUGGCGUGGUUUGUCACAUGGAUGACAUCCUCAUCUGGGGGAAGGACCAACCAGAACACAACGCCAGACUUCACACAGUGCUAAACAAACUUCAAGCGGCCGGUGUCACGCUAAACAUGGACAAGUGUGAACUGAGCACGCAACAGGAGAAGUUCCUGGGACACAUUUUGUCUGCUGAGGGAGUCAGACCAGACCCGGACAAAAUAAGAGCUGUGAUAGCAAUGAAGGAGCCGUCAAAUGUCAGUGAAGUGCGCAGCUUUCUUGGAAUGGUUAACCAGUUAGGAAAGUUUAUCUCUGGUCUGGCUGAAAAAGACAAGCCCCUGAGAGACCUGCUGUCAAAGAAAAACCAGUGGGUUUGGAGCCAUGCGCAGCAGAACGCUUUUGAUCAGUUGAAAAACGAGCUGGCAUCCACUCCCGUUCUCACGCUCUAUGACCCAAACAAGGACUUGAAAAUGUCGGCAGAUGCCUCGUCUUAUGGACUUGGAGCAGUCCUAUUCCAGAAGGAGAGUGAGGAGUGGAGACCAGUAGCAUAUGCUUCACGUUCCUUAACAGAGACUGAGCAGAGAUAUGCACAGGUGGAAAAAGAAGCGCUUGGAUUAACGUGGGGAUGCGAAAGAUUCAAAGACUUUCUCAUCGGGAGACAUUUUUCCCUAGAGACUGACCACAAGCCACUUGUCAGCCUGUUGGGACAACAAGCACUAACAGAACUUCCACCCAGGAUUCAACGGUUCAGACUACGGCUCAUGAGGUACAGUUACUCUAUCUCACACACCCCAGGAAAAGCACUUCUCACUGCGGAUACACUGUCACGCGCACCUGUCAAUCAAGAGACAGACUCUAAAGCUACGGAGGAACUACUAAAUGAUACAAACAUCUAUGUGAACGAAAUAGUCAAAAACCUACCUGCUAGCUCGACAUAUAUCACACAAUUAAAAGAAGAGCAAAAAAAUGACAGUGUAUGUUCGGAACUCAUGUCAUUUUGCCAGAGAGGCUGGCCAGACUACAGCCGUCUCAUAGGUCCAAUCAAAGCUUAUUGGCCACACAGAGACACAUUAACAGUCCAUGACGAACUGUUAUUGAAAGGCACCAGACUUGUUAUUCCUACCACUAUGCGCGACAAAGUCCUGGUAGCUCUCCAUGAGGGACAUCAGGGCAUGUCAAGAUGCAGACAGAGAGCGAAAGAGGCAGUGUGGUGGCCUGGUUUGAGUAGCCAAAUAAAUGAGCUUGUGAAAAACUGCACCACGUGCAUUAAAGAACGUGUCAAUCCAGUGGAGCCUUUAAUGCCCAGCGAGCUUCCAGAGAGACCAUGGCAAAAAGUAGGUGCAGAUCUUUUUACACUCAACAACAGCAACUACGUACUUCUGGUGGACUACUAUUCCAGAUUCGUGGAGAUAGCUAAACUGACACCCACUAGAUCAGAAGACGUUAUAGUACACCUAAAGUCAAUUUUUUCCAGACAUGGUAUUCCGGAAUUCUUCUACAGUGACAACGGACCUCAGUUCUCUAGCCAACAGUUCAAAGAUUUUGCUGCAGCCUACGGUUUCAGACAUGUAACCAGCAGUCCAAGGUUUGCACAGAGCAAUGGUGAGGCUGAGCGUCAUGUCCAAACUGUUAAAGGACUACUCAAGAAGGCAAAAGACCCGUAUCUUGCACUGUUAGCUUACAGGGCGACCCCUUUGGCUAAUGGAUAUAGCCCAGCUCAACUUCUAAUGGGAAGAAGACUUCGCACUCCAGUGCCCCAGCUCCCUUCGUUGCUUGUUCCCAGACUACCGAACAAGGGCUUUGUGGCGUCGAGGGAAGGGGAGAUGAAGUUGAAAUACAGUGAGGGGUACAACAGGCGACAUCGUGUGCGAGAUCUUCCUCAACUGUCACCAGGACAACCGGUCCUUCCGGAGCCAUCAGGAGAAAUAGACAUCAUCUACUGCCAAUGCCGGAAACUACACCAAAGAUGGCAAUCCCAAGUACACCUAUCAGUCCAACAGAGGAUACCUUACCAACACCAAACAUAAGUGAGUCCCCUGUCCAAACUCCAAAGGCAACAAGUCCUGUCAGAACAAGGUUUGGCCGUGUUGUCACAAGGCCACAAAAACUGGAUUUAUAAGCAUGUAUGUAUGAAAAGAAAAAGGAAAUGUUUAAGAGUGGUGUUACAUGAAAAGAAAAAGGAAAUGUUUAAGAGUGGUGUUAUAAGAAAAGAAAAAGUUUUUCCUUCAUGCAAAAUUAGUACGUCUUCAUGUUUGCAAAGAAAGGGGGAUGUGGUGUUAAGUGUUUGUACUGCUGUUUUAUUCUGAAGGGCCAAACAGGAAGUUGGGGUUGGGGGUGUUCCGGUGAUGUGGAAUGGCUGCGAGUUUAGAAGAUAUGAGACGCAAAUAAAGACCGUCUAGUUGCUCUACAAAGUGUUGGUUGAAUCCUUACGCCCGAAACGCGACAA